AGAUAUCACGUGUAACUGGCUCUAAAUAGUAUCGUUGAGACGCAAAUUAUUUUUUCGGCAUUUUCGACCCUUUUUCCCUUAGGUAAGAGACUCUACCUCAACAAAGUACGAAGAUCCGUGUGACGUAGUCGUCGAGAUAAGAAGUAAAGCACAACGAGGUAUAACGAUACUUUUAGCGCGGCAAUGGCAACCACGUCCAAAAAGGAUGGCGUCGACGAGGACGACGACACUUUCUAUUACGUCGGUGUAAGGGCAUCCCCGUUUGCGGCCGAUUGCGCUGUGUUUGGUUUGCCCUCGAAAGAGACAUCAGCCUUACGCAGCCGCUUCCCGCUGUCUCCCAGUAGUACGAAUAUCGUGAAUGGAAUUAUGCUCAAAGGAACACCGUUCUCCGUCAUAAACGCUCUAGCCGAGCUCGGCUAUCGAGUUAUAUGUAGUACUGGAGAGGCCGAGAUACUUUGGACAUUGCAGCGGGAAUGUUAAUGAUAUAAAAAAAUUGGGUUUUAUUGUAUAUAUAUAUAUAUAUAUAUAUAUAUGUGUGUGUGUGUGUGCGUGCGUGCGUGUGUGUGUGUGUGUGUGUGUGUGUGUGUUUUUAUGAAUCAAACUACAAUUGGUGAAUGGGAUCUGUAAUAUUAUCUUCUUUUCUGCAUUUUUCUUUUAUACAUCUUGUAUUUCUGGCAUUUCUCUACAUCUAAUCGCGUUUUGGCGAAAUUUUACGAUAGUAAUUAAAAACGUAUAAUAUUGUGUGGUCCAUCUAAGAAGGCUUUAUCCGACCGAAUAUCUUUUCAAGAUAUUUGAUUGCUAGAUAUGUACUUCGCAAAGUUGGAUGGUACAUAUGUAAAAUGCAACUUGUCAUUAAAAGAGAAUAUGUACAGUAUUUCAUUUGAAAAUGAAAACUAAUAUGUUAGUCAUUGCUGUAAACGAUAACAUGAAUGUUUUUCUUGUUAUUGAUAGGACAUUUUAUAUAUAUAUUUCAGCAAUGUUGCAAGUUUCUUUUUACAAUUUCGAAAAUGACACGAUAAAACUGUAUAAUCAUGAUAAGACUGUCCGGAGGGGGGAUUUCGAAGAAGAAUGAACCAUUUAAAUAUUCCUGCACUGUAUGUUGCAGAUAAUAAUUUAUUAGCAGAGGCGGGAAAUUCUUGUCGGAGCAAUGCGCGUUGGCACACACAAUAUAUAUAUAUAUAUAUAUAAAAUUAGAAGUAUUGUAUUUUGUGAUAUCUUUUUACCUUGUUGCGUGGAAAAUGGUUUUUUUUGACGCUUUAUUGAAAGUUAGGAGAUGAGAAUUUCAUAUAAGAAUUUCAUACAAUUCAGGCAAUGGUUCAAAUUGGCGCAAUAUAAAUUGCUCCAAACUGAUCUAUGUCGUCUUUGAACAGCGUUUAUCUUUUUGUGGGGAAUAAAAUUUUAUUAUAUGUACACAUAAGAAUUUAUAUAAUAUCUUUAUAUAUGAUAACACAUACACAUAAACAUGUGUAAUAUUAAUAUAAUACUUUCUUCUAUCCAUGUGCAUUGUAUUUUUAGUAGUUUAUCGUACAGUUAUUAUAUGUGCGAGAUAUCGUCCGGAUCGAACACGGUCCAGAGAGUUUAAACAUAAAACUGUCAUUUGAUAUAGUAUUUAUGGCGAUGUUUACUCUUGUAUAUUAACGUGUUUAUCAAUCCUCCUUCAAAUGAUGUGUGUCAAUCUAAAAAAUUAUUGCGAUUGAUAUUUCCUGUAUUUAUAUUAAACUAAAUUAAAUAAAAUUAUAUAGAAUAAUCAUUAUUUUAUAUAGUUUAACAAUUAUAUAUAUUAUAAAAUUUAUAUGUAAGAAAAUCAAAAAUUAUACUGUCGAUGUCGUUCACGAAAUAGUUCUUAGUUAAUUUGACAUGGGUGUAAUUUAUAGAACUAAAAUUCGCGGAUGUGGGCAAUUUUAUAUUUAUGUAAAUUAAUAAUCUCGCGCAUGAACAGAACCUUAAACUGUUUUGUACGACACAGUGUAUAAGCGUAGCUUAUAUAUAAUAGAACGUUGUACACAAUUAUUUACAUUACAAUAUACAAGAAAUAUCGAUAAA